UUUGCAGAGCGCAGUUGUUCCCCGUCCAGUCCGGUGCAGUGUUUGCAAAUACCUCGAACCAGAGAGAGGAGAGAGAGAGCAAGAGAGAGAGCGAGAGAGAGAGAGAGAGAGAGAGAGCGGAGACGGGAGAGGAGGGGGAACUGCUGCUGCUGGCUGAAGGAGGAUACCGGACUCUGCUCUGCGUCGCCGCGGCUCCACACUCGGCUCCCCGCUCGGCGCCGCUCGGGAACUCGCUCCCUUCUCCCCGCUCUUCUCCCCCCCGGCUGGCUCUAUUCUUUUUUUUUUUUUUUUUUUUUAAUCAUUAUUCCUUCUCGAUCUCAAAGUGCAGCUAAUAAAUUCCACACAGCGACCAGCCUCUGCAGAAGAGACCAGACAUGGAUGUUCUACCCAUGUGCAGCAUCUUUCAGGAACUUCAGAUAGUUCACGACACGGGCUAUUUCUCCGCCUUACCGUCUCUGGAGGAGUACUGGCAGCAGACAUGCCUGGAGCUGGAGCGCUAUCUGCAGAGCGAGCCUUACGUCUCCACCACCGACCUCAAGUUCGACGGCCAGGAGGACCUCUGGAGCAAGCUGAUCCUGGCCUGCGGGGACAAGGCCAAGGCCGAGUCCGACCCCAAGCUGCCCUCGGCCCACGAGGAGGACAAUCAGGACAGCCAGCUGCUGGACAGCAGCAGCGUGAACUCGGACGCCAGCAGCGAGGCCUCGGACAGUUCUGAGGAGCUCUCGCCCACGCACAGCUUUACCUCCAACCCCCUGGGCUCCGUCCUGGUUGGCUCUGGACCUUUUAGCCCGUCUGUCAUCAGCACGCCGCCGUCCUCCCCGGAGGCCACCUCGGAGGCCGGCGGCGCCAUGAGCGGCUGGGUCGCCGCGCACGCCGAGCUGCACCUGCCCGUGAAGAUCAGGAGCGGCGGCGGCGCGGCGGCGAAGGGCUCGGAAAAGACGGGACUGAUCUGCGGGGACGCGUCCCCGGACGGCAGGAGGCGGGUACACAGGUGUCACUUCAACGGGUGUCGCAAGGUUUACACGAAGAGCUCCCACCUCAAAGCACACCAGCGCACUCACACAGGUGAGAAGCCGUACAGGUGUUCGUGGGAGGGCUGCGAGUGGCGUUUUGCACGGAGCGACGAGUUGACCAGACACUUCAGGAAGCACACCGGGGCAAAGCCAUUCAAAUGCAGUCACUGUGACAGGUGUUUCUCCAGGUCUGAUCAUCUGGCUCUUCACAUGAAGAGACACAUCUAGAGCAGGACGAGCACCAGCCAAGCAACGCCGCAGAGGGGAAAAGGUUUCUUUUCUUUUUCUUUUUUUUUUUUCUUUUUCUUUUUCUUUUUUUAAAGAGGAGAAAAAAAAGAGGCCGCCGUCUCGCUCGCGCCCGUCUCUUGGUUGAACUGUCCCAGGGCGGAGUGGUGGGAGUGUGUUCCAGCCAAAGCAUGCCGUUUUGCACCAUACUGAAACCCAGUGCCUCCGGGACCUCUCUUUGGAGAAAGGCGCUCUGAAGGUUGUCUGUUGCAACAAGAGGACGAAAUCGUGGAUGAGGAUGUUUUUGAACGAGAAAGACUUGUGACACACACACACACACACACACAUAAAAACAAAAAAAGAAAAAAGAAAAAAAAAAAAGGAGAGGACGGCAGAGAGUGCGUGGGGCGUGUGUGUGGUGCAUGAUGUUUUGGGAACAUCUCCCGGACAGCUGAUACACUGGUACUUUACAAACCUGUCUGAGGCGAGCAUGUGUGCACUGUGAACGAGUGAGUGAGGGUGGCGGCCCGGCCCGCCGCAGACCGGCAGGGGAGGGGGAGGGGUGCCGGGCCGGCGCCGACGCCGCCGUCGCCGUGGACUGAAUGGGUUUCUGGGGGCGGGGGCGGUGUGAGGACGGGGGGGUCGGAGGCCUCGGGUUUGGGGGUUUUCGGUUGGGUUUUUUCGUCAUGCGUCUCCUUCUGGUGUCACUGCCCAGGGAGCUAAACUGCCCGCCCCUCCUCGCCCCCCUCCCCUCCCCUCCCUCCCUCAGUCACUGUAUGACCGGAGCUUGUUUUGGUGUUUUUUGGUGCAGCUACUAAAUGUGCAAUGUGUUAUGUAGCCUGGUUUAUUAUUUUUUUACAAGCUACAAAGCUCAUUUGUAGUCCAAUUGUAUAAGCUGUGUGCUUAGAGGUAUAACACAACUAUCCUAUAACUUCAGUAUCAUAGACAGGUGUUGCAUGGUUCUAGGGUUUGUUCAUUUUUCUCUCCUGUUUCCACUGUAGUCAGGACUGCAAAUAGUUUCAAUAAAAGUGCAGCUAAAAUGCGAACGGUUAAAUGUUACAAUAUUGUACAUAAAGCCUUGAUGAUUUCCUCCUUUUUUUAUUUCAAUUUUUACAAAAACAUCAUGGGUUUGCGCGUCAUCCCGGCUGGAGAUCUCACCCGCCGCUUCGUCACGCCGCCGCUCCUCCUCCAGGACCGGCCCCUUCACACACUUUGGUUUUCUAUCUAGUAAUGCACUGUUGGCCUGAAAUGGUGCCUUAUGCAAGUGACGGUGCCGGGCGGGGAGCGCCGCUUUCCGGCUCCCCCGGGACGUCACACUCGCCGUCUGGGUGAUUCCACAAGCUCCAUCAAGGCUCAAUUACAAGUCGCACCUCCUCCUGAAGGGAAAUAUCCGGCGCUUGACCGUGUGGUUCAAACCUUAUUCGACUGCCUUUUUUGUUUUUUACUUCAUUUUUGACUCGCAGCACCAAAUUGACUCAAUUGGAAGAUGUAAAGAAACGCGCUGUACGUUUAGAGCACUUAAUUUCAUUUAUUGAAGAUGUUGACUACUGUGUAGUAUGUACUGGAGUCCAUCUCAUGAGGUUCACAGAUGUCUGGAAGCGCCUUCUUGUGCCCGUCCCCCGCUGUCACCCCCCUCCCUCCUCGCCAUUCCGGAGAAAACGCUAAAGAUUUAUUGUAAUUAACAGGCUGCAGUCGGACAGGCCUCGCCUUGUACUGCCUCUCGGUAAUGAAUUGCUAAAGGCUUUGUUGGCAUGGAAUCUGUCACAGACUGCUGACGGUGUAGGUUGCUUAUUGACCUGUCUGGGGAGCGUUGUUUUAGCCAAGCUGCAACAGUAUUAUAGAAACCACAGGAGCCGGCGAGGGGGGGGGGGGGCGGGGGGGCUACGUCACGUCAAGCGUCCGUGGAAAUUCGCCAAUGAAAAACUCCUAUUAAAGUCAUUUUCGGCCUCCAUUCUGGGACGUAUGGAUUUCGGAUGACAGGCGUGCGGGGGGGGGGGCGGGACGGGUACAAACCGAGGCCGGCGGCGAGCGGCGCGAUUCCCAGAGAUAAUUGAGCCUUGAUUCAGCCUGGUAGUUUUUGUUUUUCCUUUGCUCGCGCUUCCAUCAUCUCUUCAUCCCACGUACACACAGCUCUUCUGACACACACAGCUCUUUGUUCUCAAAACUGAAUCUUUGUAUGAAAAAAAACGGGGAAAAAAAAGAACUUUUGUAAAAUUGUUAUGUUUAUGCUUUAUGAAAUUUUUAUUUGAAAUUGUUUUGCAAAAUUGUUAUAUUUCUGUAUGAAUGUAUUUUUUAUUGGAAUAAUAAGAAAUUCUUAUCUGA